UUUCAGGUGAUGUUUUGCGCAGUUUUCGGCCUGGCGGUGGCGAAUCCCCCAGUGCCCCAUUCCGUAGGACGUUCCGAGAAUGUCCACGCCGAUGUCCCUUUCCGAUCCGAUGACGUUCAUGCCGAAGGAUUCGAUUCUAGUCUGCACACCUUCAACGGAACUGAGCUGGCCGCCAGCGGAGACGUUAAUGGCAACAUCCAUGGCAACUUCGGAUAUAUCGCCUCUGAGACCGAAUACCAACUCCCGGAGGCCUGGAUCCCGACCGUCGCUAAAGCCAUCGCCUGGCUGGAGUCCCACCCAACACAACCAUCGCCGAUGUACAGUCCCCCGGGCUCGCAAUUGCUAACGGCAGAAACCAGUUCGCAACCUUGA